UACCCUUGCAGGGAAAAGCGGCCGAGAUGACUCACCAGUACCCUGCCCUCACCCCCGAGCAGAAGAAGGAACUGUCGGAUAUCGCCCAGCGCAUUGUGGCCCCGGGCAAAGGCAUCCUAGCAGCUGAUGAAUCUGUGGGCAGCAUGUCCAAACGCCUGAACCAGAUUGGGGUGGAGAACACAGAAGAGAACCGGCGGCUUUACCGGCAGCUCCUCUUCAGUGCUGACAGCCGAAUCCAGAAGUGCAUCGGCGGCGUCAUCUUCUUCCAUGAGACCAUGUACCAGAAGGCGGAUGACGGCACAUCCUUUGUUGAGAUGAUCAAGGACAAAGACAUCGUUGUGGGCAUCAAGGUGGACAAGGGUGUUGUGCCUCUCGCUGGGACCGAUGGAGAAACCACGACUCAAGGUUUGGAUGGGUUGUCGGAGCGCUGUGCUCAGUACAAGAAGGAUGGAGCCGACUUUGCCAAGUGGCGCAGUGUCCUGAAGAUCAGUGAGAACACUCCCUCCUCCCUGGCCAUCAUGGAGAACGCCAAUGUGUUGGCGCGCUACGCAAGCAUCUGUCAGCAGAAUGGCAUAGUGCCGAUUGUUGAGCCAGAGAUUUUGCCGGAUGGGGACCACGACUUGAAGCGCUGCCAGUAUGUGACCGAAAAGGUCCUGGCUGCUGUGUACAAAGCACUUAGUGACCAUCACGUCUACCUGGAGGGCACGCUGCUGAAACCCAACAUGGUGACCCCCGGCCAUGCCUGCCCCGCCAAGUACAGCCCUGAAGAGAUCGCCAUGGCAACAGUGACUGCUCUGCGUCGGACUGUACCACCUGCUGUUCCAGGUGUCACCUUCCUGUCUGGGGGGCAGAGCGAGGAAGAGGCCUCCAUCAACCUCAAUGCCAUCAACAACUGCCCCUUGCCCCGGCCCUGGGCUCUGACUUUCUCCUUCGGCCGGGCCCUGCAAGCCUCAGCCCUCAACGCCUGGCGCGGCCAGCGGGAGAAUGAGAACAUGGCUACGGAGGAGUUCAUCAAGCGGGCAGAGGUGAAUGGUUUAGCCGCUCUCGGCCAGUACGAAGGCGGCGAGGACGGGUUUGGUUCAGCCGGACAAUCCCUCUACAUCGCAAACCAUGCGUAUUGAGCUUUCCCCGGGGAACUUCCCACGGAGAGACCCCCCCACUCUGCUACCUUCCAUUCCAGUCACACCCAGCUUUUCGACUGUAUCUGCAACCGGAGCUAAGUAGCCGUGGAGUGUCCAGCACCAGAGACGCGAUGCAUGAGAGAAGCUCGGAAGAAGAGGAACCAGCGGCAUCCCCCCGUUUCUCGUGG